AUGCCUCAUGCCUCGGUUGACACAGCGUAUCCCGCCGACAUCUCUCUCCAUGUAAACGAUGGCCCGUUAAAACUGGACGAGAUCGCUCUCCUACAACCAUCAUAUGUCUCAGAGCCUAUGGAUCAGCUCCGUGAGCGGUAUCGCCGGGAAGGCUACCUCUUCUUGAAGGGCCUCCUCCCACGAGAGGACGUCCUGUCCGCUCGUGAAUCGUAUUUCCGCGACUUGUCCGCGAGUGGCGUACUAGAACCCGGUUCGGCUCCAGUAGAGGGAAUCUUUAACUCGAGUGCCUCCGCUGCGGACUACCCGGGUAUUGGUGCAGGAUCGGUCAAGAACGCUCGUCCGGGAGAGACGGAUAAAUCAGCUGUUUUCACAGAUUUAGCACUCAAAGCACAUACAGCACAGUGGUACGCAGGUUCAGAAGCUGGUGACCAGCUCGGAUUUGCCAAUCAUCCUACGCUGACCGAGUUCAUAUCCCAAUUCACACAAUGGGGGGAUGAUACCCUUCCUGUGAAGAGAUCGCUGUUGCGGAACAACACACCUGGUAACCGAGCAAUUGGUGUGCACUAUGAUCAAACCUUCAUGAGAUACGGAGAACCUACCUCUGUGACAGCAUGGGUUCCGAUUGGGGAUGUAAAAAUUGAUGGGGGCGGCCUAAUCUAUCUUGAAGGAGGGGAGAAAUUGGGUGAGGAGAUUGAGCAAGAAUUCACCAAGAAGGCGAAGGAAACUGGGCUGAGCGAGGAAGAGACGAAGAAUGCGUUUAAUAAGAAUAUGAUGAGCUCGGGCUUCCUAUGUGAGGGGCCAGGAGAUUUCGGGCGCAGAUAUAACAGAAAGUGGCUUGUCACUUCGUAUGAGGCGGGUGAUGUUGUUCUUCACACGCCGCAUAUGAUUCAUGCAUCCACUAUAAACCAUGAUGCAGAGGGCAGAAUCCGCCUAGGGACAGACUUACGCUUCGUUAACAAGGCGCGUACUUGGGACACACGAUGGUCCAAUCACUAUACCUUUGAUGAUGGCGUUUAA